AUGGCCACUGUUGGCUUACACACCAGCCACACAACACUCUACACACCAUACACACACACUUCAAUGGAAUCCAUUCCACCACCCCCACCCAAGCAACCUCGUGGGAGGUCACGUAAGAUGAGAAACUACUAUCAAAAGACCGGAAUUGUGUCACCACCCUUUAGAGUGAAAGACAUGAAAACUGCAUUGAAUGACCACCAAGAGAGGGUAAGGGGUGUUAAAGAUCCCUGGGUGGGGGAAGCAAUAACCCUUGCUGAGAGGGAAGUUGAGGCAGCCAUAUUUGCUGCACUCAAAAAUACAGUUCGCAUUGACAUAGACUACAGAGAUGUGGCAAGUCAUAACGAUAAGGCUACCAACAAACAAGGGACACAGACCAACAUGAGGGAUAUUGAAUUCCCCACCCCCCCAAUUGAGAAAAUAUUGCUGGACAAUCGUCAUGGAGCUGCUAUAGAGGACAGGAAUGGAGUACUCCUGGCAAUUCGUCUCCCAGGAGUAUUUGAAUUCAUUCAUGACAAAAUUACGGAUGCGGGGGCUAAAUUCAGUCAUCAAUAUGGCUUUCCCACUUCAAAAUACCGCACCAAUUUCAAGGAAGAUGUUUCUAAACUGUUCAAAAGUGGCCAAGCCCACUUUGCUUACUGGCAAGGCCUUGGUAGGAAGGAUCUGCAUCCAGUUGUGAGCAGGGACUCAAAGAAAUUUCUGAAAACCGUCAGGGAGUUUCAUGACAAAUGUGAACCCCUUUAUCAUAUUCUCAAUCUUUAUUCGGAGAGAAUAGCACCAAAUCUUUGCAAGCAAAGCAGGAAGAUUUGGCAAUCUGUUAGGGACUUCAGAGACCCUGAUGGGUACCUCAGCCGUGUCAAAAGCCAUUUUUUCAGCCAUGCUGUGCAUUUUAACUCUGACACACAGUACCAUACAUCAGCAAAAGUCUGUUAUGCUCCAGAGCAUCAAGAGUGGCUGGAGCAUGUGGGAGACAAAACAGCAGAUUGGGC